ACAGCGGAGGUCUCCCCGCUGCCUGGUAAGGCCGCCCACGGCGGGACUCUGCCUGUCUUUCCAGCUGUGAGCCUGGCUUGGGGCUUGCUGAGGUCCCUUGGUUUGGAUUUGCUUGAUUCUUGCUUGCGGUCAGAAUCAGGUGUCGUCCCUGGCCAGAACACCCCCAAGGGUGCCUCCUCUUCCCUGGGUGGCAGAUCAGGAGCCUCUGGGGCCCAACUGAAUCGGAUGGGGAUGUCAGUUGUGUCCCCUACCCUGUCACCUACCCGUCAGGAGGUACAGUGGACUGUCCAUGCCCAGCCUCUCAUCUGUCCUUGGGGCCAUGGAGGGUUCCGGCUCAACCCGUGGUGGUUGCUGGUGGGUUCUGCUUCUGCCACUCACUGCUGGAAUGGCUGGUGUUCUGCAGGAGGAGCCCCACCUUGCAGGUCCCUCAGGAGAUGGGAACCCCAGGGAGAGCAGCCCUUUCCUCAACAGCGUGGAGCUGGAGAGAGAGAGUCACUUGGAAGGGAAGAACAUGGCGCUUUUUGAGGAGGAGAUGGACAGCAACCCCAUGGUGUCCUCCCUGCUGAACAAGCUGGCCAACUACACCAACCUGAGCCAGGGCGUGGUGGAGCACGAGGAGGACGAGGACAGCCGGCGGAGGGAGGCCAAGGCCCCGCGCAUGGGCACCUUCAUCGGCGUCUACCUGCCCUGCCUGCAGAACAUCCUGGGCGUCAUCCUCUUCCUGCGCCUGACGUGGAUCGUGGGCGCGGCCGGCGUGCUGGAGUCCUUCCUCAUCGUCUCCCUGUGCUGCACCUGCACGAUGCUGACCGCCAUCUCCAUGAGUGCCAUCGCUACCAAUGGUGUGGUCCCAGCUGGAGGUUCGUACUACAUGAUAUCCCGCUCACUGGGGCCUGAGUUUGGAGGGGCCGUGGGUCUCUGCUUCUACCUGGGCACCACCUUUGCAGGCGCCAUGUACAUCCUGGGCACCAUUGAGAUCUUCUUGACCUACAUCUCCCCCAGCGCGGCCGUCUUCCAGGCCACGGAGGCGGGCAGCGAGGCCGCGGCGCUGCUGAACAACAUGCGUGUGUACGGCAGCUGCACGCUGGCCCUCAUGGCCAUGGUGGUCUUCGUGGGCGUGAAGUACGUCAACAAGCUGGCCCUGGUCUUCCUGGCCUGCGUGGUGCUCUCCAUCCUGGCCAUCUAUGCCGGUGUCAUCAAGACGGCCUUCGACCCGCCCGACAUCCCGGUCUGCCUGCUCGGGAACCGCACCCUUGCAAAGCGCAGCUUCGAGGCCUGUGCCAAGACGCACAUCGCCAGCAACGGCACGGUGACCACCGCGCUCUGGAGCCUCUUCUGCAACAGCUCCAGCCCCAGCGCCUCCUGCGACGAGUACUUUGUGCAGAACAAUGUCACUGAGAUCCAGGGCAUCCCUGGUGUGGCCAGCGGUGUCCUCCUGGAUAACCUGUGGAGCGCGUACUCGGAUAAGGGGGCAUUUGUGGAGAAGGAGGGCGUGCCGUCCGUGCCUGUGUCCGAGGAGAGCCGGGCCAGCGGGCUGCCGUACGUCCUCACGGACAUCAUGACCUACUUCACCAUGCUCGUGGGCAUCUACUUCCCCUCCGUGACGGGUAUCAUGGCAGGAUCCAACCGUUCCGGGGACCUCAGGGACGCCCAGAAGUCCAUCCCCACAGGGACCAUCUUGGCCAUUGUAACCACGUCUUUUAUCUAUCUCUCCUGCAUAGUGCUUUUUGGGGCCUGCAUUGAAGGCGUGGUCUUGCGAGAUAAGUUUGGGGAAGCCCUGCAAGGGAACCUGGUCAUCGGCAUGCUGGCCUGGCCGUCCCCCUGGGUCAUUGUCAUCGGCUCCUUCUUCUCCACCUGUGGUGCUGGCCUGCAGAGCCUGACGGGGGCGCCCCGUCUGCUGCAGGCUAUCGCCCGUGAUGGCAUCGUCCCCUUCCUGCAGGUGUUCGGACAUGGGAAGGCCAACGGGGAGCCCACCUGGGCCCUGCUGCUCACAACCCUCAUCUGUGAAAUGGGCAUCCUCAUUGCCUCCCUGGACAGUGUGGCCCCCAUCCUGUCCAUGUUCUUCCUUAUGUGCUACAUGUUUGUGAACCUGGCCUGCGCCGUGCAGACCCUGCUGCGAACGCCCAACUGGCGUCCACGCUUCAAGUUCUACCACUGGACGCUGUCCUUCCUCGGCAUGAGCCUGUGCCUGGCCCUGAUGUUCAUCUGCUCCUGGUACUAUGCCCUCUUCGCCAUGCUCAUCGCCGGCUGCAUCUACAAGUACAUCGAGUACCGCGGGGCUGAGAAGGAGUGGGGAGACGGCAUCAGGGGCCUGUCUCUGAACGCUGCCCGCUACGCCCUACUGCGCCUGGAGCACGGGCCACCCCACACCAAGAACUGGAGGCCCCAGGUGUUGGUGAUGUUGAACCUGGAUGCUCAGCGCUGUGUGAAGCACCCCCGCCUGCUGUCCUUCGCCUCACAGCUGAAGGCCGGCAAGGGCCUCACCAUCGUGGGCUCAGUGCUGGAGGGCACUUACCUGGACCAGCACCUGGAGGCCCAGCAGGCUGAGGAGAACAUCCGGUUCCUGAUGGGCCUGGAGAAGACCAAGGGCUUCUGCCAGCUGGUGGUGUCCUCCAACCUGCGGGACGGCACGUCGCACCUGAUCCAGUCGGCCGGCCUGGGGGGCAUGAAGCACAACACGGUGCUCAUGGCCUGGCCCGGGUCCUGGAAGCAGGAGGACAACCCUUUCUCCUGGAAGAACUUUGUCGACACUGUCCGCGACACCACAGCGGCCCAGCAGGCCUUGCUGGUAGCCAAGAACAUUGACUUGUUCCCGCAAAACCAGGAACGCUUCAGCGAGGGGAGCAUCGACGUGUGGUGGAUAGUGCAUGAUGGGGGCAUGCUCAUGCUGCUGCCGUUCCUGCUGCGCCAGCACAAGGUGUGGCGGAAGUGCCGGAUGCGCAUCUUCACAGUGGCCCAGGUGGACGACAACAGCAUCCAGAUGAAGAAGGACCUGCAGGUGUUCCUGUACCACCUGAGGAUCAGCGCCGAGGUGGAGGUGGUGGAGAUGGUUGAGAACGACAUCUCUGCGUUCACCUAUGAGAAGACCUUGGUGAUGGAGCAGAGGUCCCAGAUGCUGAAGCAGAUGCAGCUGUCCAAGAACGAGCGGGAGAGAGAGGCCCAGCUGAUCCACGACAGGAACACUGCGUCCCAUGCCGCGGCGGCCACCAGGCCCCAGGCCCUGUCGGUGCCCGACAAGGUGCAGAUGACCUGGACGAAGGAGAAGCUGAUUGCGGAGAAGCACAGGAGCAAGGAGGCCAGCACCCCUGGGUUCAAAGACCUCUUCAGCCUGAAGCCAGAAUGGGGAAACCUGCCACCUCCUGGGAACCCAGCCUGGCCUCUGAGGCUGAGGAAGUCCUGUGACGCACGCCCUGCCCUUCUGGAGUCCCCCUGCCCACACAGUGACUGCCCCCAGGGUGCCAUGGGGAGACCGGCUGUGACCGGGCCAGGUUCCAGGGGGAGGGGCCUGCUGCCUUCUUUCCUCCAGGGACCAGUCCAACGUCAGGAGGAUGCACACGGCCGUGAAGCUCAAUGGGGUCGUCCUCAACAAGUCCCAGGACGCCCAGCUGGUCCUGCUGAACAUGCCGGGGCCCCCAAAAAACCGGCAGGGGGAUGAGAACUACAUGGAGUUUCUUGAGGUCUUGACCGAGGGGCUGAACAGGGUGCUUCUGGUCAGGGGUGGUGGCCGGGAGGUCAUCACCAUCUACUCCUAAGGCCUGAUGACGGUGGGCAUGCCAGAUGGGGUGAGGACGGUGCCAGCCCAACUCAGACUGACAGAUGUCACUCAGGCCACCUGACCUGCUGUACCUGGCUUCCUACAGAAGUUUCUAGAGCCACCACCUGGGCUCCCUCCACACAGAAGACAUUCUAGGAAGUACUGAGAGGGGCCGCGAGUGACUGGAGAGCCCCCUGUAUCCGUCCAGGGCAGAGCUCCAUGUACCCAGCAACCUGGGAUUGACCAGUGUCCACUGCCCAGCCUCAGCCAGACUGUGACUUCGCAUGUCAUUGACACCCCACACAGAACACUUAUGGCAAAGCAUGCUUGUCCCCUGGGCCAAGGGCAGAAUGUCAGUGUGGCCGUGGGGCUCCGUGCCUCCCAGUCUCCCAUGAACAGCUGGGCCAGUGCACACUGGGCAGGGUGCUGAACAGAGCCUGCGUCCCGGUGGGGUGUGAGUGCCAGCUGCGUCCCUCCUGGGCUCCCCUGCCGAGCUGCGGCUGUGUGGGGGUCCCAGCUGCUCUUCGUAAGCACCCACAGGGCCCUGCCAGUGUGCGCCUGGGCGGCGGGGGCUUGCUGCCCUGAGUGGGGGUGUGCGGGACCUAAGAGCCGGGAAUUCUGCACAUGGCCCAUGUGCAGAGUGGAGUGCCGUCCCACCCCUUGCCCUGUGAAGGAGAAGGCAGCCUCAGCUGGACGAGCCCCCUGCUGGGCGUGGGCCCCGUGCGGUGAGGCAGCAACAGCUGGGCACCCUCACCACCUGCUGCUGGUUCGCACUUUACCUUGGAGCUUUCCGGUUCUAGGUCAGCUGUGUUGGCAGGCUGUGGGCUCACUUGGCCUUGCUGGCCUCGCUGCCCGCUGCGUGGGUUAUUUAUUUAUUUAAACACCCUGGGGCCUUUUGGGGGUGACCCCACUGUCCACAGAGCUUGCUUCCUCAGAGGUCCCACACUCAGGCCCUGGGCUGUCUCUGGCGCCAGGGCUCCCUAGCGAAUAAGCCCGUCCACAGAGUCCAGGUCAGGGCAGAGGCACUGUAGGGCACAGGGAGGGUCAGCUCGCCAGUGACCACUGUUCGGCUCAUGUCCCACACAGGCAGUGGGCCUGCCCGCCGAGGGCCGCCAGAGCAGAGCCGUGUGGAAGGCCCCUGCCUCGUCCCAGGAAGGGCCGGGGGACCUGGGCUGCAGCUCCGCCCCGGCCGGCUUUUCCUUUGUGAACCUGCCUUGUCACUGCAGCCAUCCAAAAUCGACUUCAUGGUUUCCUUUUAUAGAUUCCUUGUCUUUGUCUGAUUCUGUUUGUAGAAUAAAGUCCUAUGAAACCUGA